AAACAUACACAAUGUAAUACUCGUAGACGUGUCAUACAUCGAAAUGUCCAACAUAUGUGUUUUAAUUAUAGAAAUUCGAUAAAAUUCUCAUUAAUCGUUUACCAGUGUAUUUAUCGUAAUGUUUAAUAAGUUGAAUUAUAAACUCAAUGGUUAUCACGAGUGUUUUUUUAUGUACCACUUUCACUGCAUUUUGGGGAAUGAACCCCUAUUCUGUAAGAAUGACUCCAAAAGGUAAUUGUACCGAAUGUUGCCCUAUCGAAGAAAAAGAAGAUAUAGGCUUCUAUCUUUAUACCAGGUCUAAUACGAUGACACCGCAACGUCUAUGGGUGGAUAAUGCUACCUCUUUAUACGAAUCCAAUUUGAAAAUGUAUCACCCGACGGUCAUUUACGUUCACGGGUUCACUGAACAAGCCAAUGCCAAAGGAGCAACGACCGUUAAAAAUGCUUAUUUAAUGCGAGGUUCGUACAACGUCAUUGUGGUAGAUUGGAGCCCUCUAUGUGCAUUUCCAUGGUACGCUCACGCCGUCGUAAAUACUCACGCUGUCGGAUUAUAUUUAGCGAAAUUCGUCAGAUUUAUCGUCAGACACGGUGUACCCAUAAAAAGCAUACAUUUGAUAGGUUUCAGUUUAGGAGCAGAAAUCGUCGGAUUUACCGGAAAAGAUACGACCUUUGGAAAAUUACCAAGAAUUACAGGGUUAGAUCCUGCUUUCCCUCUAUACAUGUUCUCGGGGAAACAAGGUCAUCUAGCAUCAACUGAUGCGGAAUUCGUUGACGUCAUUCACACGGAUGGCGGCGUAUUUGGAUUUCCAAUCGCUUUGGGUGAUGCUGAUUUCUUCCCUAAUGGUGGUUUUCCUGCUCAACCCGGCUGCAGGAUUAAUUCGUUAUUGCAAAAGAAUCAAAUCAAGAGAAUUGUUUCCUGUAGUCACGAUCGAGCUUGGCAAUAUUACGCCGAAUCUAUUCUCAAUGAAAAAGGUUUUCCAGCUGUCAGAUGCGCCAAUUACGAAACAUUCUUAGCCGGAGUUUGCAACCAACAUUCAGAUCCUCGAACGAACAGAAGCGAGAUUCAAUACAUGGGAUUUGCAGCUAAUCCUCGUCUCAAGGGGAAAUUUUUCCUCGCCACCAAUAGCAGAGAACCAUUCGCGACUAAUUACAGAAAAUUAUGAAGAUAUUAUGCCAUUUUUCCAAUCAUCAGUCAUCAUUACAAAAUCUGCUUAAUUUUGAUUUACCGAUCGAAAAAUCAUACCUACAAAAAGUCAAGUCGGGUAAGAUGACGUACCAAGAAAAGAUGCCGCAACUGUGACCAGAUUUCUAAAAUAUUAUUUUAUUUAUUUAUUUACAGUCAUUAUCAUUACUUCGCGGUUAUUCACGCGAUUAUUUUUGGUUUUUAAAAAUAUAGAAUGAAUUUUAAAAAUUAAGUAAAUCUAAGUACAUCUUGAUCGAGCUAUUCUUGGAUGCAGACGUCUAUUCAGGUACAAAUUAUCAUAAUUCUAGACCUCGAUGGUCUUUUUGUAAGAUUUUUCCAGUGAUUUUGUUAUCCAAAAAAAAACACUUGAAAAUGUUAUGGAAAUUGGUACCUAAUAUUUCUUUAAUAUAAAAUGGAUAAUUUUCCAAAAAUUCAGCAUUCAUUUCAUUUCCUUUCAAAAUCCAAAUAUUCCAUCAACUUUUGAAUACUUUGAUUAUUUUUGAUUCGACAUAAGCUGACUGAUAAUUUUGGUAGGUACUUGAGUGAGAUGGUAAAUGCAAUGAAAAAAAUCUAUGAGAAGAAUUUGUGCUCAUUUGUCAUGUUUUAGAUUAUUAUAGAGGGUUAGAAAAGGGAGACUGUUAUUGUACUAUGAUAAUAGAGAAAACAACGGUCCAAAGAUGCUAUUCAUCAGUUCGAGUUCAAAAAGUUGUGCCAUGCAUGUAGCACGGUUUAUUUUCCUCUCUCUUCUACAAAGAAGAUCCAUUUCAGAUGGGAAUAAACGAUAAAAAUGUAAUAUUUGAGAGCGUUCGACCAGAACAAAUUAAACUGAUCCUUCGUACUUUACUGCAGAGACGACCACGAGAAAACCAAACUCUUUAUUAUGCGUUUCAUUCCGUUCAUAUUGGAAUGGAAUGAGAGGAGGCCUUCAUUUUUGAAUAUUACACUGGGUCAGUUCAACUUCGUGUAUUUACCUUGGGGAUAUGUCAUCAAUUGAAGAAAUAACGAGUAGAUAAGAAAUACAAAGAAAAGUAAGGAAUUUUUCUAUCGUGUUUUUAAUCGAAUCUGUUUCAUGAUUUCACUGUGUAACUAAUCUGAAACUUAAUAAGCAUGAAAAGUCUGCUUUUCUACAAGCUGAAAAUCUCAAAUUAAAAAAAAAUCAAAACAUGCCCUUUUUGCAUGAAGUUGAUGAACACUCCCACUAACUCCUAAUGCCCCCCCCCUCCUGGGAGAAUCAAUAGGUAUAUUUUCCAAACUGACCUAGAGCCUCCAAUAAAAGUUGAAUUUUCUCCAAUAUACAUACUUCAAAUUGUUCCAGAACAACGCAUCCCCAAAAAAAUCUUUUAAAAGAAUUCUUACCCCCGCCCACCCACUUGAGGGAUAUUCAUGACCUUAAAAAUUAACAGAAAACAUUUCAGUAAAUACCUUUCUUCAAAAAAAAAAAAAAAAAAAAAAAAUUGAAAAAAGAUAAAAA